AUGGCCCAAGCCGGAACAGACUGCGAAGUGCCGGAGCUCAUUGUCGACGCUCAUGUGAAGUACGUCCAAAGCUUGGAUACGAGGAAAGAUGAGCUGGACUACUGGCUUACCGAGCACCUGCGACUCAACGGCCUGUAUUGGGGAUUAAAUGCUCUCUAUCUGCUUCGUCGGCCGGAUGCUCUUCCACGACAAGAUGUCAUCGAUUUUAUUCUCUCCUGUCAGCAUGAAAACGGUGGAUUUGGUGCAGCGCCAGGUCACGACGCCCAUAUGCUUUCCACAGUAAGUGCUGUGCAGAUCCUCGCCAUGACGGAUGCUUUCGACCAGCUGGAAACCAAAGGCAAAGGCAAAGGCAAAGAACAGGUCGGCAAGUUCAUAGCAGGGCUGCAGAACCAGGAAACCGGCACCUUUGCUGGAGAUGAAUGGGGCGAAGAGGAUACCCGCUUCCUGUACGGUGCUUUCAAUGCCCUGUCACUGCUCGACCUCUUGUCUCUGAUAGACGUUGAUGGAGCUGUCUCUCACAUCACUGCCUGUGCCAACUUUGAUGGUGGUUAUGGAACUGGUCCCGGUGCGGAGUCGCAUUCAGGCCAAAUCUUCACCUGUGUCGCAGCGCUUGCAAUUGUCGGGCGCCUGGAUCUUGUGGACAAAGAGAAACUCGGCCGAUGGCUGAGCGAGAGACAAGUCCCUUGCGGCGGCCUUAACGGUCGACCUGAAAAAGACGAGGAUGUUUGCUACAGCUGGUGGGUGUUGAGUAGCCUUGCCAUAAUUGAGCGUACCCACUGGAUCGAUCGCGAUGCAUUGAUCGCCUUCAUUCUGAAAUGUCAAGACACUCAGAUGGGUGGUAUUUCCGAUCGACCUGGCAACAUGGUCGAUGUUUGGCAUACCCAGUUCGGUUUGUGCGGCUUGAGCCUUUUGGGCUAUCCGGAUCUCGAGGCAGUCGAUCCAGUAACCGGUAUCGAAGGAAUGUACUUGCCUGCCGAAGUAUGCUGUCCUGAGGCCCCUGAGGUUGUCGGUGGUGCCUGCCUGAUCCUGCUGGUUCCUUCCUCCUGGACGUCAGGUCUGGUACGCAGCCCCUCUUUCUUCCCUCAUUUUUCUGAUCUACCCCAGACUUUGGGUCUUUCCAUCCAUCUUGAAUUCCUCUCCACCUCUGACGAAAUUGUUCAAGGAUAUCAUCCUAUCCGCAUCCAGCGACUGUUCCUUCUACGAACAUCCUUUUAG